AUGUACCUAUUUCACAGCCCAUUCCGCGCGCGUCAAAACGCUUCAAAUGACUUUUACGCACGUUUCACCAGAAUUUUACAGGCAUGGACGCUAGUCAUAAUCACAUUCUUUCAUAUUGGUCCCCAGGUCAUUCAGCAAAAGCAACAGCAGAUAAGUAAGAGAUUCUCUAAAGGAGAGGGUGUGGUCCGAGAUGCGGAGUAUGGGGCCGACGACGACGACGCGUUCCUCACAUCUUCGUUGCUUUUAUUUCCUCUUUUCUUCAUCUUAACGCACGUUUUCAUGUUUAUUCAUAAGAUGAAGAGGCGAUGGCAUCUUGGCAUUACCUAUCUUCCGAACCUGUCCACAUUGGUUUUAAAUUCACUCCUUUUAUCAGUGUUUGGUGCGUUACACUACGAGUAUUUCAGUCACCUUUACGACACCGAGGCACCGUGUGUUCAGUGGAGGCUGCUCCAACUCCUGCGCCCCUUUUUUUCAGUUCCUGAGGUGUUAGACCGCCCCUGGGAGGCCAUGGCCAGGCUCUCUGCCAUUUGUGUUUUUUUUGUUGUUCUCGAUUAUCAAUAUAAAAAGCUCCGUGGGUUUGAUCCAGAGCGGGGCAUUUUAUGGGCCGGACACUAUGACCUGAAAACUCAGUGGGAGGGUCGGACAAAAGUGGAUCAUGUGCAUCGACCGUUGAAGCCAGACGUCGAUUGGAGGGAAUUGGAGCCGCCGCCGCGCAGCUUCAAUUCACGCACUGGUGGUUUCAGGCGUCGUAGAACACUCGAUUCCGACUCAACCAAGGAUACUACGAGUGGAAAUGAGAGUCUUGAAUCUUCGAAGGGAAGUAAUUUUUUCUCAAAGAGCAGUCCCACUAGUGCUUCAGCACUGGAUUUCCUGAAGGGUGAUCUCAUUUACCAUGAGGAUUCCAUUGAUAUGAACACAAAUAUGACAAGGAAGAUGAUUGUUUCGUUAUGUGAGGAAGAAGGGACCGUAAUGAUGUUCCGGAAAGUUGUUUCGAAGCUGGAGAAAACCUUUUUUGCUGGUCGCCAUCAAAUGCGCUCGGCUUGUCUGGAACCCCAACGGGGUAAUCUUAAGCAACUUGGGGGAGAUGGAUAUCAAGUCCCUCUUGACGCUCGAGGUAUGUCUUUCGCACCAUUGGAAAUGGAGGUAAAAUAUAUUCAGAAAGUUAAGCAUCCGAUCAACAGACCAGGCAUGGUGCCUUGGUGGUCGACCUUCGUCUUUUCGACUGCCUGGCAGGUCUUUGCAAAUGGAAUAUUAAAGUUUCUCAGCUUUGAUGUGCGACCAAUUCAGCUAAUGAUGAGGCCGAAAGUGUUUGAUCUUUCCUUCACCUCCAGCAUUGAUCACCUCUCCCCACUCUUUUCGCCCUCCUUGAAAUCAGAGGACGAAUCCCCCAAGUCCCGUGUGGAUCCCUCAGACCUUUCAACGAGUACACCGGGCGAGGAAUCCCGCGCGGUGGAUGUGUGGUUUGACUGGAUCGCCGACAUCGGCGACGGCUUCAACUCGACCUAUGAGAUGGCGCGUCUGCUCGCGCAGCCGGUGAUUACCGCACAGCUUUCCGAGGCGGUUUCCCUCGCGGGCGAUACCUCCUGCAGCGAGGGGACCCUCGACGUGGGCGGCCUCCACCGUGGUCGGGACCGGCGGGUGACCUCCUCGCAGCUCCACCGGAUCGGCCUCCAGCGCAGCCACUCGGCUUCCUCGCCGAGGGCCUUCCCGCGCGCGGCGCCCGCUGCCUCGCCGAUGACGGGGAAGAAAAGGUCCUUGGACGACAGCACGGGCGCGCUUUCGCGGUCGUACCGCGGCCUCAGCGCCUUGUCUAAGAGUUCCACGCCGUUUCGGCUUUCCUAUCGGAAACGCAUGCAGCGGCGGGAGGAUGUGGUGGUGCUGCCGAGGGGCUCCUUUGUCGUCGUCGGGGGCGACUUGGCGUACCCGAACCCGAACGAUGAGACCUACCAAACGCGAUUGUUCGAGCCAUAUUCGGAUGCGCUCGGUGGAAACCGGAUCCUUCGCCGGACGUUCUUUGAGCAGCAACGCAAGAUCGUCGCCGAGGAUCCCGAGGAUAGGGAUCGGGUGCACAUACGAAUGCUCGACGCGGCCACGGUUGCCCGCCUGGCGUGCGCGGAUAGCACGCUACGUUCGGACUACCGAUCCGUCACCGGGGUUCUCAGAAGUAUUCCGAUGUUCUUCGCGAUUCCCGGGAACCACGACUGGUUCGAUGGGCUUUCGACGUUUCGUAAGUACAUCACCGAAAAGACGUGGAUCGGUGGCUGGUUGAUGCCCCAGCGGAGCAGCUUUUUUGUGCUGAAGUUGCCGUACAACUGGUUCAUGCUCUGCACCGAUACCGGGAAUGAGCAGGAUAUCGAUAUGUCGCAGCGAAACUACUUCUUGAACGUGAUUGAAAAGUAUAUGGACGAUAGCAGCUGCGUGAUACUCGCCACCCAUGAGCCGGGCUGGUUGUACGACGCGAUGGAUAAGCGGACGGAGCCGCUGCAGCCGGAGGUGAAUCGCGUCGUGCAGCACCUCGGGGCUCGCCUUCGCCUCCGCCUUGCCGGGGAUAUCCACCACUACUCCCGCCACAUCCCCAAAGACCCCCUUUCGGAGGCUCCGAUGCUUAUCGUCAGCGGUGGUGGCGGCGCUUUCUUGCAUGGUGCGCGGAAAGACAGAAUCAUCUCGCAAGGGACUCGGUAUAUUCGAGGCUGUGCGUUCCCCUCGAGCAACACCUACGUCUCUCUGCUCAGCAGGCUUUUUUGGUUCCGUCUGAUCAAUUGGAAGUUCGAUCUCAUCCUAGGGGUGCAUUGCUUUGGUAUUAUUUUUUCGUUGCUACCAGUCCCGACCAAUGUGAUUUGUCAUUGCAAAAUUUUGGAUUCCUCAGAGGUGAUUUUGCCGUGGAUCAUGGGCACCAUCCGGCUUAUUUCUUUCCUAGUCAGCCGUGCGAUAGCGUCCUUACUUUUUGUGCUAUUUUCCCUCUAUUGCUUUUCCAUCGCGGGGUCGGACAGACGGGAGCCGCUCUACUGGCGUAUUUUGUACGGACUUUUCUGGACGGGCUGUGUGGUUUUCGCAAGCUGCAGCGUGCUGUCGAUGUUGCAUGUUCAGCUAGUCUACAUGAGCAGCCACGGAAUGUUGUUGUCAACCGCGACGCAGUGGCGGAGUCUGAUUGAGGAGCAGGCGCAGAUGACCGCCACGGCACUUUUUCAGUACACGUGUGGGCUUCUAGGCAACGAUUCCCUCAUCGCAGAGGUGUUACGGCGGAUGCACGGGGCGUUUGUUGAAAGCUUUAUUUGUCGGUGGAUCUGUGUAAUGGUACGGGCCUUGGAUCCGCUUGAGACGCUUGCCCAUUACAUGCUUAAAAUACAGUCCAGUGAGAUUGGAAAGUUCAAGGCAGGCGCCACACACCGGGAGAUUGCUUCGUAUUAUAUGCAUAUUCUUUCUUUCUAUUGGAUUUUUGUGACGCCCAUCGUGUCGUUUAUUAUUGGUUGCUUUCUCCUCGUUUCCGUGACCAUGUUUGAUUACAUGUACGACAGCACCUACUCAGCAUUUCAGAUUGAAGAUUUCAAGCAUUUCGUGCGAUUUCGCAUCGACGCGGAGACGCGCGAGCUGCAUGGGUACGUUUUAGCGAAGAAGAAGGUCCCCAAGGUCUGGGAGUUGGACCCCCGACACGUCGAUCAGUUUGACGACCCUAAAACGAAGCACACCGUACCACAUUUGUGGCAGUAUCCAAGCCGAUGGUGUCCCUCUGUUCGUUACGGUCAGAAGCCACCGAAGACCGAAAUCAUUGAGAGCUUCACGGUUUUCCCACAUAUCGCGAAUGUAUCAUGUACUCUUGCUGAAUCCGAUGGGAAAUCGCCCCUUUGA